UUUUGGGUCUGGCUGCUCUGGCAGAGUCUACAUUCUCACACCAGAUCUCCCAGGGCGUUUGGAAGCUCUUGAGUGCAAUGAAGCAGGAUGAGAUUGCUUCUGUAGUACGCAAUGACUUCUGCAUACUCCAGCUGGCGCAGUCUUUUUUCAACAAGCAUGGCAAUGACCCACCAAAUAUGAUUAUGUUCGACAAAAGCUCCGUGAAAUUGGGAGGUUUUUGAUUACUUUGUGCAGUGAAUCUUCUAUACACAGCCUGGAAGAAGCUGUCAAACCUGCACAUUUUUCAAAAGUUAUUCAGGCCGUCAAAAAGGUGUCAGGCUAUGACGAAGAAAAGAACUUCUACCAAACACCGAGUCUGGCACUGAAAUUGGGGCACACUUUGCAGAAGGUAUGUGAGAUCAUUCACUGUAGGGCUUUAAUGGCUGAAGACGAUCAGUUAAUCAGGUCAACUGAGACAUUCCAAAAGCUGUAUACCACCAAAUGGUCAGAGCUAAUCUCACAUACAGCUUUAGGCACACUAAAUGAAGCAAAAUUCAACAAGCCAUCAACCCUGCCUUUCACUCACGAUGUUCAGCUUCUUCACAAACACCUGGAGACAGCAGCAGCUGGAGCAUCUGAAAACCUGAAAAAGAUGCCAUCGACACAAAGCUAUGCAGAGCUUGCUAAAACUACACUUGCACGAAUAAUUAACCGAAGACGUGCUGGAGAAGUCUCCAAGAUGCAUCUAAAAAGCUUCCCAGGAAGAGAUAACACUCUUCUCCAUAAAGAUGUCGCAGUUGGCCUUUCUAAAUUUAAACAGAAACUCUGCAGCCAUUUUAGCAGAGUUGAGAUCAAAGGCAAAAGGCGGCGCAAGGUUGCUGUCCUUCUCGCACCAGACAUGGUAGAUGCUCUGACUCUUUUGGUUAGCCAAAGAAAGGCGUGUGGGGUUCAGGAUGCCAACUGCUACUUGUUUGCCAGACCCAGCUGUUUGAGUCAUUACAGAGGCCAGGACUGUCUGAGACUCUAUGCAAUUCAGUGUGGUGCUCAAAAUCCAGAUCAUCUCCGAUCAACACACUUGUGUAAACAUGUGGCCACUCUCUCACAAAUUCUUCAUCUAAAAAACAAUGAAUUGGAUCAAGUUGCAGACUUUUUGGGACAUGACAUUCGUGUGCACCGUGAAUAUUACAGGCUUCCAGAAGCAACACCUCAGUUGGCUAAAAUAUCCAAACUCUUACUGGCCAUGGAAAAAGGGUGUCUCCCUGAUCUACAGGGCAAAUCACUUGAUGACAUUGAGAUUGAAGGCUUUCAGAAGACCCAGACAGAUACAAACAGUGCUGCUGGAGACUUUAAUGGUAUUUCAUAUUCUGUUAUUUUUAUUGAUUUUUUUUUUUGUUUGUUUGUUUUUAAUUUUUUGUUGUUUUUGUUUUUUUUUAAAUCAAGGUGUUUAUUCAAAAAAUAUCUUGUCUUGUAAGGUUUGUGUGCUGUUAAAUAAAGACGAUGUGCACCAUUGUUUUAAUGUACUGUUAAAAUGUAUGUUUAUCUACAAAAUUACCUGAUUGCAGUUAUUUAAGUUGACCACAGUUAUUUUCACAAUCAUAUGU